AUGGAGUCCUCCGGCGAUAGAGGCAUCAGCAUUGCGAUCGAUAGAGGCGGCACUUUCACCGACUGCGUCGGCAACCCCGGGACGGGGCGCCUGGAAGAUGAUAUUGUGAUCAAACUACUCUCAGAAGACCCCGCCAACUAUGAAGAUGCCCCUCUUGAAGGCAUUCGGCGGAUCAUGUCUCAAGCUACAGGCCGCGAAAUUCCCCGGGGCCAGCCAAUCGAUACCUCCUCUAUUAAAAGUAUUCGCAUGGGUACCACUGUCGCUACCAAUGCCCUGCUCGAACGAAAAGGCGAAAGAAUUGCGCUGGUAGUCACCAAAGGCUUCCGAGACUGUCUCCGAAUUGGAAAUCAGGCACGGCCUCGUAUUUUUGAUCUCGCUAUCGAACGUCCAGAUGUUCUUUACGAGGAGGUGGUCGAAGUAGAUGAACGGGUCACCUUGGAAGAUUAUGCAGAAGAUCCACAGCGUCAUACCACAGAUACUGCUUUCCGAUGGCAGAGCACACCCGACAGCCAAAUCGUUCGGGGUCUUUCCUCCGAAGCUGUCCGUAUCUUAAAACGCCCGUCGGAGAGCCGUCUAAGAUCGCAGCUGCAACAGGUGUACGAUCGAGGAGUUCGAAGCAUAGCAGUAUGCCUCAUGCAUGGAUACACCUUUCCAGACCAUGAGGCCUUGGUUGGACGCCUUGCCACGGAAAUUGGCUUCCACCAUGUGAGCUUGAGUCAUCAGCUGAUGCCUAUGAUCAAGCUCAUCCCACGGGCUACUUCUGCGUGUGCCGAUGCAUAUCUAACACCUACUAUUAAAAAGUAUAUCUCAGGAUUUCAGGCCGGGUUCAAAGGGGGGCUUGGAAGUGAAAGUGUAAAGGACCAGAGUGGUUCUCGCGGUGCACGGUGCGAGUUCAUGCAAUCAGAUGGCGGCCUGGUCGAUGUAGACCAGUUUUCUGGACUCCGAGCAAUUCUGUCAGGUCCAGCAGGCGGGGUCGUCGGUUAUGCAUUGACUUCGUAUGACCCAGUAUCGAAGAUUCCUGUCAUUGGGUUUGAUAUGGGCGGUACCAGUACAGAUGUCAGUCGGUAUGGGUCCGGCCACUAUGAGCAUGUCUUUGAGACGACGACGGCCGGGGUGACUAUUCAGUCUCCUCAGUUAGACAUAAACACAGUGGCUGCUGGUGGAGGUUCCAGGCUAUUCUACCGCAAUGAACUCUUCGUCGUCGGUCCGGAGUCCGCAGGUGCUCAUCCUGGUCCUGCAUGCUAUCGCAAGGGUGGGCCUUUGACGGUGACCGACGCAAAUCUCUUUCUAGGCAGACUGGUUCCGGACUUCUUUCCGAAGAUUUUCGGUUCAAACGAAAACCAGGCCUUGGACGAAGAAGCAAGCCGCUACCUCUUCGAAAAGCUGACGGAGGAGAUCAAUGAAAAGAUCUCAAAGGGUGGGCACAGCAAACUGAUGACACCAGAUGAGGUUGCCUUUGGCUUCAUCAAAGUUGCCAACGAAACGAUGACCCGACCUAUCCGAUCAUUAACAGAGGCCAAGGGCCAUGACACGUCAAAGCAUCGGCUGGCCACUUUCGGGGGCGCGGGGGGUCAGCAUGCAGUGGCCAUUGCUGAAAGUCUUGGGAUUCGACAAAUCCUCAUCCAUCGCUAUUCAUCUGUUCUGUCCGCAUACGGAAUGGCGCUGGCCGAUGUCGUUGAUGAAAGCCAGGAGCCAGAAUCCAGAACGUGGAGUGACGAAAGGGAAGUCCAGCGAGAGCUUGCGAAGAAGAUGGAAAAGCUAAAGAAGCAUUCCGCAACCAAGCUUCAUGAGCAAGGCUUUGACGACAACUCCAUCAUAUUUGAAGAGUACCUCAACAUGCGAUACAGAGGCACAGAAUCCGCGUUGAUGAUCCUGAAACCCACCAAAGAGGAAGCAGCCCAUCUCUUCGGGGGCAACGGUUGGGCCUUUGGGAAAGCAUUUGUGCACCAACAUGAGCAAGAAUUUGGAUUUACCCUUCCGGAUCGGGACAUUAUCGUGGACGACGUCCGAGUGCGUGGGAUUGGCAAGACUUUUGAAGUAUCUGAGAGGACCGUGGAUGUACAGCUGCGUGAAUCAAAACCCAUCGAUGUUGUGGGUCAUGCAUACAAAACGUCCAAAGUGUAUUUCGAGGGAGGUCGAUACGAAACCCCGAUCUACAAACUCGACGAUCUGCAAAUCAACGACCGGGUGCAAGGGCCUGCAAUACUAGCAGACGGCACCCAAACCAUUGUAGUGACUCCAGGAGCAUCGGCUCUGCUCCUGAAGACACAUGUUGUGAUCAAUAUCGGUGAGCCCGAGACCAACCCACCUCCGAUCAGCACAGAGACCGUGGAUCCGAUCCUGUUGAGUGUCUUUUCGCAUCGGUUCAUGGCCAUAGCAGAGCAAAUGGGACGUGCCCUACAAAAGACUAGCGUCAGUACCAACGUCAAGGAGAGACUCGACUACUCAUGCGCAUUGUUCGAUGCGCAGGGCGGACUCGUUGCCAAUGCGCCCCAUCUUCCAGUUCAUCUGGGCAGCAUGUCCACUUGUGUACGAAUGCAAGCCGAGAAUUGGCAAGGCAACCUCAAACCCGGGGACGUGUUGGUUGCCAACUCCCCGUGCCAGGGAGGAACACAUCUUCCCGAUAUCACCGUCAUUCAGCCCGCAUUUAGCAAGGGAAAAAUCAUUUUCUAUGUGGCUUCAAGAGCGCAUCAUGCUGAUAUUGGAGGCAUUCUACCUGGCUCCAUGCCGCCCCAUUCCAAAGAGCUCUACCAGGAAGGGGCCCGGAUCAAAAGUGAGAAGCUGGUCUCUGAAGGCGAAUUCAAUGAAAAACGCAUUACGGAAUUGCUUUACAAUGAACCUGCUCAGUAUCCGGGCUGCAGUGGAACGCGAUGCCUUGCAGAUAACCUGAAUGAUCUCAAAGCCCAGAUUGCGGCCAAUAAAAAGGGUAUAUCUUUGAUCAGCACUCUGAUUGAGGAAUACGGCGAAAGCGCAGUCUUGUUCUACAUGCAUCAGAUUCAGGGCAAUGCAGAGCUCAGUGUGCGAAAUUUGUUGAAAGAGGUUAGCCAGAAAUUCGCGGGCCGAGAUUUACGUGCCAUCGACUAUAUGGAUGAUGGGACCCCCAUCCAGUUGAAGAUAUCGAUCGACUCGGAGAAGGGCGAGGCGAUCUUUGACUUUGAAGGAACGGGGCCGGAAGUAUACGCGAAUAUUAAUGCCCCGGAGGCCGUGACGUACUCUGCAAUUAUCUAUUGUUUACGGUGUCUGAUUUCUGAGGACAUCCCCCUCAACCAGGGCUGUCUGAAGCCGAUCAAUGUGCGGAUCCCGCCAAACAGUCUUUUAUCGCCUUCCGAAACUGCAGCAGUUGUGGGAGGGAAUGUUUUGACCAGCCAACGCGUAACCGACGUUAUCCUUAAAUGUUUCCAAGCCUGCGCCGCAUCUCAGGGGGAUACGAACAACCUGACUUUUGGAUUUGGCGGGAAUCGCCAGGGCGAAACAGAAACGAAAGGCUUCGGAUAUUAUGAGACCAUUGCCGGAGGCAGCGGCGCGGGCCCUGAUUGGGAAGGCACUUCAGGGGUCCAUACUCAUAUGACAAACACUCGCAUCACAGAUGCCGAAGUGUUCGAGCGGCGCUAUCCCGUUUUGCUGCGGGAGUUCAGUCUGCGCGCGAACUCGGGGGGUCGAGGGCAACACCGAGGCGGAGACGGGGUCAUUCGAGAUAUCGAAUUCCGCAUCCCAGUGCAAGUUUCAAUUCUUUCAGAGCGUCGAGUCCACCAUCCGUAUGGCCUGGAAGGAGGCGAGGCCGCUCAGUGCGGUCAAAACCUUUGGAUUCGCCGCGUGGCAAAAUCCGAUGGGGGCUGGGAGGAGAAGUGUAUCAGCUUGGGCGGUAGGAACUCCACUCAGAUGCAGCCUGGGGAGCGGAUCAUCAUUCGAACUCCCGGAGGGGGAGGAUGGGGACCUAUGGGCGAACAGCAACAGCUGGUGCGCGAGCAAGACGCCCGUCAUGCCUGGAGAGGGGGAUCUAUUGCCAAUCGCAUGGCAACACACGAAGCCAGCAUGUAG